AUGGUCAAUAAGGUAUUGGCAGCGUUUAUCGGCGUCGACAUCGUCUUCGCGAUUACCGGUGCCAUUAUCGUAGGUUUCUCCGUAAUUGUCAGGAACACAUGCUUCGACCCUCCGAUCGACGGCCACGAGGCAGCCCGUGAUCUAUUAUACCGGCAAUUUCCCCUCACAGCUGGAAUCGGCAAUGGUAUCUUCACGUUCGUUGCCUUCAUCGCCACCCUACCAGCUUUGGCAACCAAUAGUCGCACCUGGCUGAAAGCCGCCGUCUGUUUGAUAGUGGUCGAUGCACUAUACACAUUGGUUAUCGGCCUGCAGUUGUGGAUUCUCACGCUGCGCAUCAAGGAGACCUUUUUCGGCAUUUGGAAAAACCAAACUGAAGAUGUCCAAGGUUUCAUGGAAGAGGCCUUUAACUGCUGUGGCUACUUUAACAGCACCUCGCCAGCUUUCAAAACCAAUCCCACUUGCCCCAGCCCAGCUACCGCUGCAUUAAUGACGGGCUGCGCGACUCCCUUGACAAGGUUCAGCAACACUUUCGUCGACAAUAUCUUCACUGCAUUGUUCGCCAUUGUUGGCGUGGAUGCGGUACUCAUCGUUGCUGCCCUCUGCUUAUUGAAGGAAAGGAAAGAGAUGGAACGUUACCGGCAUAUCGACGAGAAGACCGGUGCUCGAGGCACAUUUUAG